UUGAAAAUGAUACAAGCUCAUCUAGAGAAGAGGCUGCAAAAGAGACAAAAUCAGCAAUGAAAAGCUUUUUUUCCUUAGUUCGGCAGCAGCGUGAUGAAUAUAUAGAGCAAACAGAAAUUGACAAAUAUCUUAUGCUUCCUGAAAUUGAACCAACAGAAACAAAUGAUCUAUUAGUUUGGUGGAAGCAGCGAAGAUCUGACUUUCCAAUUCUUUGUGUACUUGCAAAAAAAUACCUUGCAAUUCUUGCUUCUUCU